AGUCACACCGCUUAUAGAUCAUAUUACUGCCAGUACGUUUUGUGUCCUUCACCGGUAUCGAUCGUUUCUUUUUGUUUCUCUCGCUCUAGACUAUGUCUGUGACAUUGCUAAAGUUUUGUUUGAAAUGCCCGUUGCGAAGUGUAAUUCGGGUUUCGAUGUGCGCUAUGUGCACAGCACAGGGUGGGCCUCAGGAACACCUUGGCUGGACUACCGACAGCCGUUAUGGCCCCCUGUACAGGGGCCACAUCCACACUAACCCCAUCCAGAAAGCCCUGCUGGCGGUGGGCUCAGGACUGGCUGCUCUUCAGAACCCGUACAGACAUGAUAUGGUGGCAGUAUUGGGGGAGACCACUGGCCACCUGGCCCUGCUGAGGUUGCGAGAGCGUAUGAGAGCUGAUCCUGAGGGCAGCACUGUCCUCCAGGAGCGCCCCCAGAUUCGCCACUGCACUCUGGAUUUGCCUACACUGGCAGCCCUGCCAGAUGGCUCUCUGGGAAGGGAGUACCUUCGCUUCCUGACUGCCAACCGUGUCACCCCAGACUCUCGGGCCCAGGUCAAGUUCGUUGAUGACGAGGAGCUGGCCUUUGUGAUGCUGCGUUACAGGGAGGUACACGACCUUCUGCACACGCUGCUGGGCAUGCCGACUAACAUGCUGGGCGAGGUGGCAGUGAAGUGUUUUGAAGCUGUCCAGACUGGCCUGCCCAUGUGCAUUCUGGGAGCUGCUCUAGGACCUCUUCGUCUAUCUGCCAGCCGCCGCCAGCUGCUGCUGACCUGCCUGGGCCCCUGGGCCCUCCGCAAUGGCCAGCGUGCCCGCUGCGUGCUGAGCAUCUACUAUGAGCACCGCUGGGAGCAGAGUCUGGAGUCGCUAAGAGAGGAGCUGGACAUCGAGCCCCCCCCGGUCACGCUGAGCACGACCAAGAAGACCGCAGGGCACUGACAGUGCAAGAGCCACGGCUUGGCUGAUGCUAACCCUAAGCCUCCUGGCAGCGCCGGUGAGGGGCUCCCCUGUCCGUUCAGGGGGGGCUGCAACCCUGUGGUGCGAUUCCUGCAGUCCCAGUAGUCCUGAGCUGAAAUGGGGCAUGAGCCUUCAUUCAGUGUGUGUGUAUGCAUCAGCUGGACGUGAGGGCCGUAGGGAAUGAGCGACCGGAACGGUGAUUAGCUGACUGAUUUACCUCUCUGAUCACUGACUCGACACUUUCAUCUGGAGACGAUUUGCAAACAUCACUUCACCAAUAAGUGACAUAGUUCUUUAAUGUAAUAUGUAAUAAAAUUGUCAAUAAAGCACGACCACCUAAAAAUUA